AUCUGUCUUCGUUCCCCUCACCUACUUCGCUUCUCAGCCCUCUUGGUGAAGCCCGCUUUUGGGAAUUUCCAUUAGUCGUCUUCCUCACACGCAUUGACACCAUCGUCCCUUCAAUGCCAAUCAUCUUAUAAGGCGCAUUUGACAGAAGAAUUACCUGUCUCUUGCCUCGUUAACCCCAAUGGCGGGGCCAAUCCAGCUGGGGGAUGUCAUCAACUUCAGCAAGCUCGCGUGGGACGUGUACAAGUUUGGUUGGGAUAAUGACUUCAACGCCACCCGGCAAUACGCAGAGUUCGGUCGCGAUGUCAGGGGAUUGGCUGAGAACCUCGAUAUCCUCAGCCGCGUAGUAGACAAGGCCGGCCAGUCACUCCACCAAGAAAGGGCGUUCCAGCUUGAGCCAUUACGCUGGGACCGUUCGUCCCUCGAUGAGAUCAUAGGCGACUACCAUGAGACUCUCACAGAAUGCUGUACCCUGAUAGAGAACAAUCAUCGCUACCGCCUCAGCAGCGGCCCGCUGAGGAAUAUCGAGUGGAAUGUUCUCGUGGCGCCGGCGGCAGAUCGUCUACGAGCGCGCAUAGCCUUACAUAAUUCCAAGGUUCUUCACGUUCUGAAGCCGUUUGAGAUCGACCUUCUUUGUCGGAUCCAUGAAGAUCUCGCCGAACGUAUGAGUGCUAUGCACCUUGACUUACGUCGCUUUAUGGGGGUUCUCGUGCCUGAUAUGGAGCAGGCCCUGGCCCAGCAGGCUCACCGGGAAUCUUUUCAGUUUGAAGUGCCGCCAAGUGUCGAGGAUGGAUUUCAGCGAGCAUGGACGGCUGACAGACCGGAUGACGCUCUCGAACCAAGUCUCCAGGCGAUGGCGGAUGCUUUCGUUCUUCAUUACCACAAAUCAACCAUCGGGUUUACUGCCGGUAUCCUGGUGGAAAAUAGGGUUCCCGAGCUGGGGCAAUAUAUCAAUCUUUUGAAGUGUGUCUGGCUGAUGAGACGGAUCCGUGGUUCGACCGAAGUCGCUCAGCCGGGUCCGACCUUAUCCCAUUGGCCCUCGUACAUCCAGGAGCUAGAAGAUGGUCUUGCGUCGCAAUGCGAUCGAUUCAGGCAAGAGCUCAUGCCACCAAGUCUAGCAGGUUCAACACCUGAGAUGUUCGAAAUAUGGCCCGAGAAAGAGCUUGCGCAGCUCGUGGACGUGGUGACCAGGGAUGCUCUCAUGGAAGAGGUCAUGGAUGUACCGUUACAGUGCGCCACUGCUAAUGUUGAGAGGAAGCUUCAGCUGCUUCGACGAAUGGGUGCCGAUGACAAACGCUUCAGGAUAAACAUCUCAGGCGUCGAGCUAGGGGGGACGAGUAGGAAUGCACGUCGUCAAGCUGAGACCAUUGAUUUCGACAUCACGACUGUCAUACUAAACCCCCUUUAUGCUGUGCCAUCCAACUCUGGCGGCGCAUGGGACAUGAUAUUGCGCAAGGAUGAACGGAUUGCCAAGCUGGCAUUUACGCAGUUGAAAGAUGCUGCCAAGUUCCAACAAGCUGUGACUGGUUUCAAGGCGUUUGAUAGUUAUUGCCAAUAUAAGGCUAUGGUUAGCUUCGUCGUGUCUGGGAGAGGAGAUCCGAUCGUCGAGGGAGCGUGUAUACAGUUGUGGGUUCCAAAGCAACUCGAUGGACAACUCGUUACGAACAACGAGGCGACGCUCGAGCAAACCACAUCACCAUCCCAGUCUGGGGUAUUUUCGCCAUCUAGCACAGCAUCGAGACAGAGUACUCUCCGCAGCGUAUGGAGCACCGCAAAUCCAGUCACCACUAGCCCUACCGAGACUGUGUCAACGUGGAUUAAUAGCGGUCCACCGGCUGUAGGCGCAUCACGGAGUCGUUCGGUGCCAUCACCGCCGACAAUCACCGGCCCGCUUGGAGCUCGGUCUCCCAUGAUGAUACCGAGACGGCCAGUGGGGUCGGGCAGCACGCAGACAACGGCAGCGUCACCACCCAGUGCUAACCGGCAGGCAAUGUUGUCAACAUCGCCUGCAAGCCCUCGAUCUUCAUCUCUGCUCCCGGGAUCAUGGCAGUCAAGGGCACCAUCCGUAUCAACGGUCAACAGCCGACCUGAUCGGACCUUUAGCGUCUCAAGCAAUUACUCGACUACGACAUCACCCUCAAACAACAGUUCAAGUGGAAGCGACGCGCACACCGUGACCGUAACCAUAGGCGGGCACACGACUGGCACUGUCCAUAGGCGCCCUCCCAAGCCAAUGCUGGUGCUGUUCACGCAGAACAUGCAGACAGGAAAGCGAGCAUUGGUGACUAUCGACAUUGACGAAGACACCGAUGUCAACCCAGACCGGUGCAACUGCCGCCGAUCAGGAAGAGACGGAUCGUCAUGUCAGAUUGCUGCCAUUGAGCAGGAUCGGGGCAACGCCGAGCUAUCGGUGCGAAGAUAUGAAAGCCGAGACGACGACAUGGACUGGAAUCUGGCCAAGUUGGCACUGGGACGGCGAGGGGAGAAGGAGUACGCUGCUGCUGUCUGGAAGGACGUCCGGCGCAUCAGCAUCAUGUUCCCGAGUUCCCAAGACAGGGCAAAGUUCGGAGGCACGCCGAAUGUAUGCCAGUGCAGUACGAUAACAGAAGCCGAACUGAGCAAGUGUCUCAAGAAUAAACACAAGGGGUUGCUUGGACUGGUCCGGGAAUCUGGACGGCAGCAGCUGAACGAAUAUCAUCGGGUACGAUUCGGGUCGCAACAGGACGUGGUCCGUGGGAUGAGAGACGACUAUCGAUGACAACUUCUCGAAGACGUUUCGAUCAAAGGGUAAUGUGAUUGAGUUGUACAUAAGCGAGCGAGUCGAGGAGGCGCCAAAGUUGGGUAUCCUGGCAUCUUGGGAUCGCGAUUUCGUUCCUUUUGGUGUUACGGCGUCGAUGACAAUGAUGAAGCAAGCGAUGCGCCUGUAUGUAUCUGGUCGAACGAGUAAGAUGGGAGGGAUCUAGAAGAGAAUAUUCGCCAAGUCCUAGAGAAAAAGUUGGAGAAAGAGACACCUCGUGGUGCCGUAUCUUGAGGAGAGGAUCAGGUAGGAAGCUUUGCUUCAGCCUUUGUGAGCCGGGACCAUCUCUUUCUUUCGUCAACAACUAGUAAUAGAUAGCUUCGCGCGCAUAUGAAUGAGUGGCAUAUCCAGUCAGAUGUCGCAAUUAGUUCGAUAGCUCAUUAUCCCCUCGACUUACUUGAUCGAAUCGAAACAAAUUAAGUUUUUCGUUAUCGAAAA